CUAACGCGCAAGUCGCGAUUCCAUUUAGGGAUACCUUCAACUUUCCUUGUAUGCCAACUGAUAUUACGAUUUAACUUACUGAUGAAGGAUUGAAUGAUGGAAAAUUUGGAUGGUUCAAGUGUUGUAAACAAACAGAAAAAAGAGAAUUUUCAGAAGUGGCUCGACGAAGUGACAGAAGUAUAUAAAGGUCUGUCACCUGAGGAACAGCUAGCAACCUUCCACACUUUUCUACGGCAGUCCUCUCCUAGUCAGCGUUACAAUGUUUCAAAACAUGUUGCAAGCAUUCUGUACCAAGACAUUGUUGUUUCACUGCCAACUGAGCUUUUGGAGCAAAUUUGCCAUUACACUGACACAAAGUCGUUGGUAUCAGCUUGCUGUGUUAGUAAAGAUUGGAAUGGGGUAAUAUCUUCACUUAGCGAAGUAUGGCGAAGAAAAUGUUACCAAAUGGGAAUUGGCCUCUUGAAAAAAGAUAUAAAUUGGAAGACCCUGUGCUUGGCCACUCACAAACAGAUUGAAGGACUUAGGACUGGGUCAGCAUUCCAUCAUCGAGAUAUUCGAGCAACUUGUUUAAGUUUAGGACAAGUUACAGGCUUGGAUUAUUGCAAGGGAUUUCUUAUUGCAAGUGCCGUUGAUCAAGUUGGUAUAUGGCGUACAGAUGACUAUGAGCUAAUUGGACUAUUUUCAGUACCCAAAAGGAUAUCUUGCUUGAGGGUGCAGGAUGCAAAGAUGUUAGUGUUUGGCCAUAGUACAGGCCAUAUUACAGCUUGGAGUUUGGACAUCUGUAAAAAUAUAUGUCAAGCCAGCCUAUGCCAGGAAUAUUAUGGACAUACUGGUGUCAUCAUGUCUCUAAGUCUAAGUACAGAUAUAGAUCUCGUAUUGAGUGGUGCCACAGAUUUUAUGGCAAAAGUAUGGUGUCUUAGCACUGGGUGUCUGCUAAAAACUCUCUCAUAUCAUAGCCAUUGGGUGAUUCAGGUGACUUUGUUGCCAGCAUUACAUUGCAUUAACAGCAGAACUUUAUACAAAGGGAAGCAUUCACUUCUUACAAAAACUAGAGACCACAUUAGAAUAUUCUCAUGGCCAAAAGAAUCUAAAGAUGGUAAUAUGUUCGGAGAUAUGGAUGAGGUUGAAAAGUCUAUUAUAGAAAUUCCAUUGAACCCAGUGUAUAAUUUUUACACUCCUGGUUGCUGUGUGCAAAAUGGAAAAGUAUCAUAUGUUAAACAGUCAAUGGUGAAGGAUGAAGAAGAUGGGAACGCUGAAAUUGUGCUUGAGAGUUUGGCUACAAGGACACGAGUAUGUGAGAUGUACUUGAAACAAAAAGUAAGGAAACUGUUGGCUGUAGGAGAGAAAUUUGCACUCGUUCUGAUGCCUCAUAGUCAUGCAAAUAAAUGCAACCUAUUGGUAAUAGAAGUGUCAAGUGGAAAUGAGAUUGGAGGAUGUCAUCUUCCACAUUCCAGUUCGACAACACCAGAUUUGGCACAGGUAGUGGUGGGAGAAACAGGUUGGCUUGAUGGACUGGAACAGCUGAAACCUAAUGAUGUGGUGAUUGCACUUGGAAUUGUCAAUGGACAAAUCCGAGUAGUUACAUGGCAGGACCUUGGAGACAGACUUACAGGAUAAUAUAAGAGGGGUGUAUAAUGCAAUACAAGAGUAAAGUUUAAAUAUUCAGUGCACAUGAAUUUGGUGUGUAAUGACAGGUAGCCCUCGAUUUGCGCCGAUUCAGAAUAACGCUGAUUUUGAAACCAGCAAGCCAAAAAGUGAAAAAAAUAUUUUUUACUAUUAUUUAUAACAUUUUAAAUGUAUUUUGUA